UCAUUCUGUUUCUUCGUCUUAGUAGCUGAUGAAGUUCGUACCUGGACAAUAAUCUGUUAACCAACUGUACCGAAUAAUUAAGGUUAAAACAAAAUCAGUGUAUAUAUAGUCUUGAUUCAAGGCAGCAAUUUGCACGUAUCAUAAAGUCGAUAUUCGUAUGACUAUGAUUGAUUUCGUAGGAGACUACUUCUUCUGAAUAUUUAUCUGAUUUGGUAAUCCAACAGUGCCAUUUGCUACAUUCAGACAAAUAAAACCUAUGUGGAAGUUGACUUUCAGAGAGAGAGAUACACAUUGGUUGUUAUUAUUUUAAUACAUUGGUCUAUAUAAAAUGUUGAAUGUUGGAUAUUUGAUCAUAUCAAAAGAAAUGGAAACACUAGAAACUAAGCUAUUUGAUGCAGCAUCAAAAGGGAGCAUCAGUUCAUUGCGAACGCUGCUAAAAGACGAUCCGCUAAUUCUCGAUCGAGUUUCAGCCAACUAUUUCUCCGAGACUCCUCUGCACGUGGCAGCAAUGUUAGGCCACGUCGAUUUCGUGAAGGAAAUCGUAAAAGCAAAACUUGAGCUCACAAGUGAGUUGAACUUCCAGCAAUCGUCUCCGCUUCAUUUAGCUUCAGCAAAAGGCCAUGUUGACGUGGUCAAAGCCCUAUUAUCGGUUGACCAUCAAACAUGCCUAGCCCGUGACAGAAACGGGUUAACGCCCCUCCAUUUAGCAGCACUCAAAGGCCGUAUCGAAGUCAUGAAAAUUCUGCUUCGAGCAAAACCGGAAGCAGCACAAAUGAAUGUGUACGGAGGAGAAAACAUCCUUCAUUUAUGCGUCAAACGCUACCAACUCGAGCCUUUAAAGCUGCUGGUGAGUACUAUACGCGAACCCGUGUUCGUAAACUCUAAAGAUGCCGAAGGAAACACUCUCCUUCAUUUAGCUGUGGCAGAUAAGCAAGUUGAGGUAAUUAUUCAAAAAUCACUAAUCUCCGUUUAUCAGACCAUCAACUUCUUGUUGACCGUAUCUACACUCGAAGUGAAUGCACUGAAUCUUAACGGGAUAUCGCCAUUAGACGUUUUGAUUCAAAGUAGAAGGGACGUACGAGAUUUAGAAAUCGAAGAUUCCCUCAAAAGAGCUGGAGUUAUCGGGGCGAAUAUGCUUAAUCAAGAAACGACAGCAACCCGAGCCCUGCCUACUUCUUUCGAUCGAUCGAACUCCCAUAGCUGGAAGAAGUUGCUCAAGCAGCAAGACGAUUGGCUGGAGAAAAAGAAGAGUGCGUUAAUGAUUGUAGCUUCGCUAAUAGCAACGAUGGCUUUCCAAGUUGGAGUCAACCCUCCGAGCGGAGUAUGGCAAGACGACAAACUCAUCGACUCUCAAGGAAACCCGGUGGACGAUCCUCAUACGGCGGGUUCUUCCGUGAUGGCGAAUAACUACUCCGGAGGGUACGUGUCGUUUUAUAUCUAUAACACGACGGGUUUCAUUGCAUCCCUCAGCAUUAUAUUGCUUCUGAUGAGUGGAUUGCCGAUAAGGAGAAGAUUCUUUAUGUGGAUUCUGAUGGUGAUUACAUGGGUUGCUAUUACAGCUGUCGCGCUCACUUAUACUAUCUCGAUAUUAGUUUUGACCCCCGAUCGGGAACAAAAAACGGUUCUGACUGUGAUCGGAUCUGCCGUAUUUGUGUGGAUGUGCCUUAUGGCUUUACUCCUCAUUGGACAUACGCUUCGUUUGGUAGCUAUGGCGGUUAAGAAGCUGAGGAAGAGAUCGAGGACGAGGGUUGUUACAGCAACUUCUUCAUUACGUGUUCUUGUGAAUAAUGUUGGUGUUUAA